GGAGUCGUCACGAGUUCCUGGAAACAGAACGCAAAGUUAUUUUACAGCUGAGAGCCGACAUGAGCCGGACCAACGACUAACAACAUGGCACCUGCACAGCUGCAGUCCGACACCUCCAGCGCAGAUUUCCUUCACAACGUCCAGAGGAAAACUGAGCACACAUGAUCCACCCGAACAUUUCUACAUAUUUCAAACCUUUAGAUGAGUUCCUCUACGGACAGCAUGCUCCAGUCGGAGGUCCAAAGCUACGCUAAACAUCGCUGGUUGCUCACCAUCGCUGGACUCCUCUUCUACGUAGUGGAUGUUCUCACUGAUGUGCUACUGGCGCUGACAUUUUUUCAGCAGAAGGAUUAUUUAUGGACUGCUCUGACUCUGACGUUUUGUCUGACCGGGCUGCUGGUGACGCAGAUCUUCAGCUAUUCGUGGUACUGGGACGACAUCAAUGAUCCUCGACAGAACCCAAAUAGAGAACCCAUAUCCGGGAUGUCCAGAGGAGCCAUCGCUGCCCUGCACCUGCUGGGGGUGGGCAUCUUCACCAGGUACGUCCACCUGCUGAGGAGGGGCUUCAGGGUGCUGUGGAGGAGCUCAGCUUCAUGCACGGAGGACCAGAGGAGGGCCGAGCACCAUCGUCUGUUCUGCCUGGCGACAGAUCUGAGCAUGCUCAAACUGUUCGAGGUGUUUCUGGAGAGCGUUCCUCAACUUCUGCUGCAGAUCAACAUCAUGUGAGGACUCGGGGAGGGGACCAUCGUGCAGUAUCUCUCCAUGUCCUUCUCCUUCCUCACCGUCUCCUGGGCUCUGGUGGAUUAUCGCCGCUGCCUUCGCCGAUCUCUCCCCCAGAUCAGAGAGAUGCCCUCCGGCCUCCCCACCUUCACCUACCUCCUCUACAAACUCUCCACCAUCAUCAGCCUCAUCCUCAGCCUGGCUCUUCUUCUCCUCCUCAGCCCCUUCACCUCCGUGUUCCUCACCUUCCUCUGGCUCCUCGGGGCCUUAUAUACUCACCUAAAAGGGAAAAAAUUCUGCACCUCAAUGGGGAUGGAGCUUUUGUACCAAGGGGUCGUUGGGGUCAUCCUCAUCUUCACCUUCUUCAACGUCAAAGAGAAGAACACCAGGGUGGAGAUGGUGGUGUAUUACGUGUUUCACGGCGUGUUGAAUAUCCUGGCCCCCGUGCUAAUGGCUCUUCUAAGGCCAGAGAUGCUGACCGUCUCUCUGUUAUUGGCCCUCAGCGGGAUUAUUGUUGGGGGGGCCGUGAUGGGCAUGGUGAGCAUCUUGUUGUAUUACCUGCUGAUGCAUCCAAGAGAGGGAGAGAGGAGGGUCGGAGACGAGGUGGACGGAGAGGAGAGGGAGACACGGAGGGAGACGAGGGAGAGAAACUUUCUACAGCCCUGAGGAAAUAUGGAUAUUAAAAACUGAACAUUUGAAAGAAGAAAGGAAUCGUGCUCGUUAUUUAUUGAUGCUGUUAUUCUAAAUGUAUUUAUUCUUGUUUCAAUAAACCACACAUCUGUGAA